AAUAGAAGAAUCGACAUCAUGUGGAGAUAUCGAACGAUUGGGCUCUUGGCCUUACUGGUCCUUCUCUGUAUUCAGGCACAAGCUGCAGAGUUCAGAGUGAUACAAGGGAUCCACAGACCUUAUGUUAAAAGGUCUCUCAGCGAUGCAGAGAGCUUCGUGAAAUCUCUCGCUGGUUCAGGUGGACUAGGCGGUGGAUUAGGCGGUGGAUUAGGCGGUGGAUUUGGUGGAGGAUUUGGCGGCGGAUUCGGCGGUGGUGGCGGCGGUGGUGGUGGAGGUGGUGGCGGAGGAGGAUUUGGCACUGGCGGAGGAUUUGGAGGUGGCGGUGGUUUUGGUGGCUCUAAAGGAGGUGGUUGCCGCACAGGCGGUUGUGGCCCCGGAUCUGGAAGUGGUGCUGGAGGUGGCUCCGGAGGUGGUGGUGGAGCCGGUGGCGGUGCUGGGGCUGGAGGCUAUGGAGGCCCUGGCGGUAAAGGAGGUCCAGGUGGUGGUGCCGGUGGAUAUGGUGGUCACGGAGGCGGUGCUGGAGGAUAUGGUGGCUCUGGAGCAGGCGGUGGAGCAGGCGGUGGAGCCGGAGGUGGAGCAGGCGGUGGAGCUGGAGGACAUGGUGGCUCCGGUGCCGGCGGUGGUGCUGGAGGAUAUGGUGGUUCCGGAGCCGGCGGUGGUGCUGGAGGAUAUGGUGGAUCUGGCGCCGGAGGUGGUGCUGGAGGAUAUGGUGGUUCUGGGGCCGGAGGAGGCGCUGGUGGGUAUGGUGGCUCCGGAGGCGGAAGAGGUGGCGGAGCCGGAGGCGGAAGAGGUGGUGGCGCCGGUGCUGGAGGUGGUGCCGGGGGAUAUGGAGGCGCCGGUGCUGGAGGUGGUGCCGGGGGAUAUGGUGGCGCCGGAGCUGGUGGUGGAGCCGGAGGAUAUGGAGGCGCUGGCGCUGGCGGUGGCGCUGGCGGUGGCGCUGGCGGUUAUGGUGGAUCAGGAACUGGAGUAGUAAAGACUGGCGGAGGUGGCGCAGGAGCCGGUGGAUACGGUGGUGCAGGUGGCCGCGGCGGUGGAACCGGUGGAUAUGGUGGUGCAGGUGGCGGUGGCGCAGGAGCUGGUGGAUACGGCGGCGCAGGAGCUGGUGGAUACGGCGGCGCAGGUGGCGGUGGUGCAGGUGGUGGUGCCGGAAGUGGCGGCUAUGGAGGCGCAGGUAGAGGCGCUGGAAGUGGUGGUUAUGGUGGCGCAGGUGGUGGCACCGGAAGCGGUGGUUACGGUGGCGCAGGUGGCGGCGCCGGUAGCGGUGGUUACGGUGGCGCAGGUGGCGGCGCCGGUAGCGGUGGUUACGGUGGCGCAGGCGGCGGCGGCGCUGGUAGCGGUGGUUAUGGUGGCGCAGGCGGUGGUGGCAAUUGCCCUGGAGGAUGCAAACCAGGUUAUGGAAGUGCCAGCGCGAACGCAAACGCUUAUGCGAGCGCAAAUGCUGCCGCUAGUGCGAACGCUCGCGCCACUGCGUCAGCGUCUGCAUCUGCUAAUGCGAAUGCUAACGCCGGAGGUUACGGAGGUUUCGGAGGAUAUGGCGCUCCCGGAGAUGGUCAUCCAGUCGAUCUCUUCUCUCGUAUGGGCGAUAUCAACGAGGGAGCUAGUAAAAGUGGUACGGUAGGCAAUGCCAAAGGCGUCUAUAGCAGUAGCGCAGCGAACCUCGAUUCCAGUGGAAAGGGAACAUAUAAAGUAGCAGCGGGCAAAGUGAUCUAAAUGGUCACACUGAAGUGAUCUCAGGUCGACAUUGAUGAUCGACUGAAGGCGAGCCAGAAUUUGAUCUGUGAUCAAACAUAAAA